AGAAAACCUUGGUGUUUGCCCUAGGGCUGGGACGGAAACUCAAAAGACCCCCCUCAGGGCAAAUGGAGGGGGAAACGGAACUACAUCUCCCACCGUCCUCUGCUGCUCAGUCGUCCAGCACCUGCGCGGUCAGAGAGCAGAGUCCUGGGCUAGGGGUCUGGCCCCAGCAAUUGACCUUCAAGAUGCAGCGCAUUGGGAGCUCGGCUCGGCGACUCUUUGACACUCUUUGCGGCGGUGCGGCGGGGGUGCGAAGUGGCCACCCCACGGCAGCUCGACGGCCUCUUAGUUCAGGGCAGGAGGCCUUGAAGAAAACAGCCCUGUUUGAUUUCCAUCAGAGCCAUGGUGGGAAGAUGACAUCCUUUGCUGGUUGGAGCCUGCCUGUGCAGUAUGGGGACAGCCACUUAGAGUCCCACCUGCACACCCGAAGACAUUGCUCCCUAUUUGAUGUGUCCCACAUGCUGCAGACCAAGAUAUUUGGUCAGGAUCGAGUGAAGUUGAUGGAGAGCUUGGUGGUCAGUGACAUUGCCGAACUAAAGCCAAACCAGGGGACGCUGACUCUUUUCACCAAUGAAGAAGGCGGUAUCAUGGAUGACCUGAUUGUGACAAACACAUCUGAUCAGUAUCUGUACGUGGUGUCCAAUGCUGGGUGCCGAGAGAAGGACAUGGCCCUCAUGCAGAACAAGGCAUCAGAACUGAGAAGUGCUGGCUGUGAUGUGAACCUGGAGGUGAUUGAUAAUGCCUUGAUAGCCCUGCAAGGUCCCUCAGCGGCCCAGGUGCUGCAGGCUGGGGUGUCAGAUGACCUUCGGAAGCUGACCUUCAUGACCAGCGCGGUGAUGGAUGUGUUUGGAAUACCUGGCUGCCGUGUGACGCGCUGUGGUUACACCGGGGAGGAUGGGGUGGAGAUCUCAGUGCCAGCAGACAGGGCCAUCCACCUGGCAGAGGCACUGCUAGAGAAUAAGGAGGUCAAGCUGGCAGGGCUGGCAGCCAGGGACAGCCUGCGGCUGGAGGCGGGUCUGUGCCUGUAUGGGAACGACAUAGAUGAACGCACUACCCCUGUGGAGGGAAGCCUGGCCUGGACUCUGGGAAAAAGACGCAGGGUUGCCAUGGACUUCCCUGGUGCUGCCAUUGUGGUCCCCCAGUUGAAAAGGAAGCUUUCCCGUAAGCGUGUGGGGCUGAUGUCUACAGGAGCACCUAUUCGCCAGCACAGCCUCAUCAUGAACACAGAGGGAGCUGUCAUUGGGGAAAUCACCAGUGGCUGCCCCUCCCCAUGCCUGAAGAAGAAUGUGGCCAUGGGUUAUGUGCAUGGAGACUACAGCAAAAUUGGGACCCAGCUGUUGGUGGAGGUACGGAAGAAGCAGCAGGAGGCAGUGGUUAGCAAGAUGCCCUUUGUGCCCACCCGCUACUAUACCUUGAAGUGACCUGACCUUCCCAACUCUUCUUCCUGUCUUCCUUUAGGGUUGAAUGAGAUGCACCCAGCACAGAGUCCCCUCUAUGGUUAGCUGAUUUUGUCUGGGAGAGGGAGGAAAUCCUAACUAUUAAGUAGAUAGGUGAGCAGCUCUGCCAGGGCCUUCUAGAGAAAGAGGGGUAUAGAAGUCAGGGGCUGGGGAGGGAAAAAAAUAAUUUGAGGUCGAAUGAUGUCAAGCAAACAGGGUUUGGAGCUGGAGGACCUAGGUUUGGAUUCUGCUCUGCUAGCCAUUCUUGAUAUGACCUUGGGCAAGACCUUUCUCUUUGAGCCAGUUUCCUCCUUUGUCAAAUGAGGGAUCAUUGUCCCAGGGUCACCUACCUCACGUACCUGUUGGGAGGAAAGGUGCUUUGUAAAUCUUAGAAUGAUGCAGAAAUGGGAGCUGUGGUUAUGAUAAAGGCGCUGCAGUAGCUGUGGACAAAAAGAAUGAGCAUCCAAGGGUGGGGAAGCCACCUUAGGGUGUUCUAGAGGUGCCCAGGGAUGGCAUGGGGCACCACUCUCCUUUCCACAAGGAAUCUUGCUGUGAGUGUGCUGACAGGGGGAACUUAGCCAAAAGCCGGCUGUCAUCUCCUAUGUUUUCUAAACCCUCAACUCAGUUUUCUGGGCUGGAGGAUGUUUAAAACUUUUGGAUGAUGCAAAUUGUAGAAUCUCAAGAUAAUCUAACCCAAGAUGGUACCUGAAACACACAUCACCUCUCUAACAUUACCAAACCCUAGGCCUCUGCUUGAAGACCUCAGUGAAUGGGAGUCCCAUUCACUUUUUGAUAGCCUUCUGUGUUGAGAAUUUUUUUAUGUUUUAUCAAAAUCUGUCUCUAUAACUUCUCCCUCACCCCAUCCUAAUUUUGCCCUCUGGGGGUGGCCAAGCUAAACGAGUCUAAUUGUAGAAUCACAGGGUUUAGUGCCUUGAGCAUAACAUUCUUAAUAUUUGCUGGACUUUAUAAGAGAUUAGCUAAUUCAACCUAUUUAUGAUGAAGAAACUGAGGGACAGAGAUUAAUUCUUCUGCCAUGUGAUUUUCCUUCUCUUCUCAGUUUACCUUCCUAGUUAUAUGUUAUACAACUAACAGUUUGCCUUCUCUAGGCCUACACAUAACUCAUUUAUUCAUUCCUUCAACCAACAUUUAUGAAGCCUAUACUGUGAAUAGAUUCUUGUGCUCAGGAUGAUCCAAUAAGAUUCCUAGACAGGGACAUGCAUUCCCCAAAAUAUUUGACAGAGGCAUUCUCAAAGUAUGUUAGGCAGGGAGGGAAGGCUGGGUGUUGGUGUUUGCCAGAUGAUACCAUAGCAUGAAAAAUCUACACCUGAGCUGAUGAACUGACACUCCUGUGUGAACUGAACUAAAUAUGUGAUUGCAGAUACACUGUGAAUGACUUAGGAAGGAGCCCUUCCCUUCCCCUUCAGUUUACAGGUUGUCUGGGAAGCUCCAGUGCCAGGGCAGCCACUCUUUAAAUAAAUAUGGGACUUCACAAAUGUAUCCCUGCUCCCUUGGCCAGGGAGGGUUGGGGAGAGGUCCAUUCUAAAUACUGGGACAUUCCAAGGGCCGAUCUUGUUCCCUGCGAUCACUUUCUGUAACGGAUGGGGCUUGACCAUUUCCUGUUGUUGCCUUAUUAUUUCCUUGGAUAAAGAAAUCCUACUGAUAAUUUCCAG